AUCAUUCGACACCAUUACCCCAGAAACCCCAGAUUGGUCCAUGCUGUCCAGAAUACCCCUGAAUAAACAUACAUGUAGGGCUGCCAACCUCUUUUUUUCUCUCCCUCGCAGUUCUCACGAACCUCAUGUCCCGUCAUUUCACUUCAUUUAGGGCCGCUAAGACGCCGUCAUUGAUACAUCCGGGCGAUCUUCAGCAUAUACUCGUCAACUGGAGCGAAUGCUCCGUUCCUCACGUCAUGAAGACGUUCAUUACGUCAUGAUUCAGUACUCCCUUUCUUUUGCUGUGACAAUUUGAAAACGUGAGAAAGGGGAUAAAAGCUCGUAGAAUCCUCUUAGGUGGUAGAUAGUUGAUUACAUUCAUCUUGUCAUUGCUGGUGAAGAUUGUAUCGAUCACAAUGGCUCCCAACGAAACCCCAUCCUGGGCGACGAAAGCCCCCUACGCGCCACCAGCCAACGACUUUGACAUCAAACUCCAAGGAAGCUGUCACUGCGGCCAUGUGAAAUACAAUCUGAGCAGGGAUAAACCGUUGGCGUCCAAAUUCUGCCAUUGCAAUGACUGCAAGAUUAUUCAUGGUGCUCCUUUCCAAUGGGCUACAGUCUUCCACAAGGAGGACCUUUCGUUUCCCAACCUCGAUACGGACUCUUUGAAGUUUUAUAACUCGUCUUUCCAUGAGGAAGGUGAAGGCAAGCUUCAGCUCCCGCACAAGGUCGCCUGUAAGCACUGCGGAACCUGGCUAUUCGACGAGGGGAGGAACAUGAUUCUCCUGUUCCCGACCACAGUCCAGUUUAAGAGCACUGCGGCGAGGAGGAAGUUCGACGUGCAAAUGCACUUGUUCUAUGGCAACAGAGAGUGUGACAUCCCAGAUGGGACACCCAAGUGGAGCGGACUAGACGAGAAGAGUGAUUUGAUGGACGAGAAAUAGCGCUGAGUAGAACCAAUAGAGCUCUCAAAAG